AUGCAACUUAGGAAUGGAACAGUAGUAGCACAGAACGUACUUCAAUUGCAGAGCAGGCCCCUUUUUGAGGAAGGCGCUCGGCUAAUCUUCUCGAAAUGGACGGCGCUCGCUUUGGCAGUGGAGAACCAGUGGGGCGGGAGCAACAGCGCAGAAAAAGCCGACUUGCUACUGCAUGACUGCCUGGACUGGUUCUACAACAAGAGAGAGCACUACGUGGACGAGUUGGAGGAAAACCUUGAUGACGCCAUCCUGCAGGACUUCAACUUGGAAGCGGAGGACGGCAGCCCGCAUCAGGUUGCCGAUGCACUUGUGAAGUUGCACAACGAGCUGGUCGCGGGAAGUACCACAUACUUGGAACAGCUGCGGAGUAUGGGGGCGGCGGGAACUCAGCGGAGCAAGCGACAAGUGGUGGAUCUGGACGGGACUGUGGUGGCUGAAGGGGACGCGGGUAUGGAGACCAGCGACGAGGAGGAUGAGGAUGAGGACGAGGAUGAUGAGAUGGAGGCGGAGGGGGCGGGAGGGCAACAGGCGCCGCGGGCGAUGCCCCUGGAGCCGCCGGUGCCGCGGGGGCCGGUGGUUGACGAGGACGGGUUCACGAUGGUGCAGGGCAAGGGCCGACGUGGAAAGCGAUAA